UAUAUUUUGUAAUCACGAUUUAAAAAUUUCUUUGAGAGAUUGUCCGAGAUUAUUUAAUGUUUUAAAACAGGCAAAUUGUCAAACGAUGAAUGUGGUCCGGAAAUGCAUGUUGAGAAAAACCUCCAAAAUGCAAGAUUGAUCAUAUUAUAGUAUUAAAUAUAAUUUUACAAUUUCUCGUUGAAUCGAUACAUCGGUCCUAUAUUUUGCAAACUUUAAUUUUAAAUGGAUGACGUUAGUGUUAUAAUAUUGAGCAAUAACAUGAUGGAUGAAAUCAAAAACACCAAAGUUUCAAUUAACGUGGUACCUAUAACUGAUAAUGAUAAACAAGUUGUGAUGAAUUCCUUAAAACAGUAUUUUUUCCGCGAUGAACCUUUAUGUGCAAGUUUAGGGUUAAUGGAAGAGAAAGAAUCAGUAGUACAACUUGAAAAUUUCUGCGCUGAUUUAUUACAAAGUGGCGUAUCGUUUAUGGCAGUAUCUGCAGAGACAGGGGAAAUGGUGGGUGCCUCGUUGAAUACCACAAUAUGCAGAGAUAACGAAAUAAAACAAUUCGGCGACGAGAACAAUGAUAAAAGUUCAAAGUUUAAUGAUAUCAUGGUUUUAUUAGACAAAGCUGGACGAGAUGUUGAUGUGUUUGGGCAUUAUCCAAAUAUCAAUCGUAUAAUGGAGUUAAAGAUUAUUACAGUAAAUGAGGCAUAUAGAGGACAAGGCGUUUGCAAGGCCCUCAUCAACAAGUCUAAAGAGUUGGCAUUGGAGUUAGGGUACCAAAUGAUUUACGUGGAAUGCUCCAGUCAUUUUACUGCAAAAGCUGUUGAAAGAUUUGGAUUUCAAUGUAUAUAUUCGUUGUCUUAUUCAGAUUAUGUGAACAAGCAGAACGACGUCGUUUUCAAAACACAGCCUCCUCAUAAAUACUUCAAAAUUCAUGUAUUACUUCUCUAAAUUAUUGUACCUAUAUUCUUUAACUUAUUUACCAACUUCGGUACUAUACUGGUAACAGGUCGAAUMUAAAAAGAAGAAAUGUAGAUUAUUAACAAUUUAUGUAUAUUAUACAAUAUUUUAUUAUACCAGCAUGGACGUAGAAAAUUAAACAAU